CAUGGGCGCAUCGAUUAACAAGCUCCCCAUUCUCCUCUCUUCAGCACACUGCUUUCAAUACAGCGAAUACCCACCUUGAAAUUAACAUGGAUCGAAGAGAUCUAGACGCCCUGUGGGUCGACUCCAAUGUGUCGACCCGACGCAAUUCGAUCGAGUCGCUUCGCGCGAUGGCCAUUUCGCCAACGGACGACAAUUGCUCCCACGACAGUCGAGGCCACCCCCUGGAUAUCAUGUCUCCAAUUGUCGAAAAGCCCACAAAUAAGCUGGACGUGGAGAAAAAUAUCGACUGCACCGAUCCGGUUCCCCAAAAGGUGUCUCUCCGACAACGGAUACAUCACUUCACCUGGGCCUGGUUCACACUCCCAAUGAGCUGUGGAGGCCUCUCAUUGGUCAUUUUCGUGCAGCCAUACCAGUUCACAGGGCUAAGAGUGAUCGGAACGAUCUUCUACUCAUUGACCCUGUUUCUGUUUUCUAUUGUUUGCCUUGCGAUGUUGUGCCGCUUCUUGUUCAAUCACGAUGACUUGACCAAGUCGGUACUGCAUCCGCGCGAGGGCUUCUUUUUUCCGACAUUUUUCCUGGCCGUGGCUACACUCAUGACAAGUACUGAGCGGUAUGCCAUGCCCGAGAAUAACACGAAAUAUAUUUGGGCUACUCAGGCAAUGUUUUGGGUGUACCUAGUCGUCACCCUUGUGCUUGCUGUCGGGCAGUACACGUACCUUUUUGCUGCCCACAGCUUUAAUCUGCAGACAAUGAUGCCGAGUUGGAUUUUGCCCAUCUUCCCAAUCAUGCUGACUGGCACCGUCGCCUCAGUCAUCUUGGAACAACAGAGCUAUAUCAACCCCCUCCCCAUCAUUGUCGCUGGUGUUACCUGUCAGGGACUCGGCUUCUCAGUGGCCGUGAUGAUGUACGCUCACAUGGUCGGGCGACUGAUGCAAUCCGGGCUUCCAAAUCGAGAACAUCGCCCCGGUCUUUUCAUGUGUGUUGGCCCACCGGCCUUUACUGCGCUUGCCCUGAUCGGCAUGGCGGAUCGGUUGCCACAAGAUCUUGUGAGCUCUGCCCAGUUCACGAUCGAUGCCAACACGAUCCGCGCUGUGGCCCUUUUCAGUGCUAUAUUCCUCUGGUCCCUGAGUCUGUGGUGGUUCCUAAUCGCCGUGGUCGCAAUCGCCAUGUCCCCUCCAGAGUACUUCCACCUCGGCUGGUGGCCGAUGGUAUUCCCCAAUGUCGGAUUCACAUUGGCGACUAUUGCGAUUGGCAAUCAAUUACAAUGCAAGGGAAUCCUCUGGUUUGCAACUGCAAUGACGUUGCUUAUUUUCAUCACGUUUUGUGUCGUGUUCUUUUUUAAUAUCCGGGCCGUGUUAGUAGGGGACAUCAUGUAUCCAGGAAAGGACGAAGACACGGAGGACCAUCAUUGAGGCGUUGUACUUGAAUCUUAAAAUUGUAUAAAUAUUUAGAAGGAUUAAAGGAUAGAGUAUAUUGGGUUGGGUAUAGACAAAACAUGUAUAGUAGUGAUACCAACUUGGGCUGGGAUAGAUAUGAUCGGUGUUGCCUCCUUUACUUAUUUGAUGUUGAAGGCUCUAAUAGUAAUUACUCGGUUCAAUGCCGUGCUUAUCAUAUGGUGCCACUCUAAUCACGCAUUGGUCAUGC